UAAGUAGAUAAAUAAAUAAGAAGAAUGGAAAUGACAGACGAAACUACUACAUCAAAAGAUGAAGCGGCAAAUUCAAUGCAAAUUUUGGAAGAUGCACUAACAAUAUGCAAGUUUGGGAAGUUCCAUUGGAAACUGCUAGCAGCAACGCUAUGUGCCACAUGUGCUUCUGUGCUGACUGUUACAACCUCCUCGUACAUCUUACCAGCAGCUGAAUGUGACCUGAAUAUGAGUGCUUUUGAUAAAGGAAUGCUUAAUGCUAUGCCGUUUAUAGGUCAAGUUGGUUUUACUCUUUUCGCUGGAUUCUUAGUGGAUGGCUUUGGAAGAAAAGUAUUUUUGGUUUGGGGAAACAUCGGCAUUUUCCUGUUCACCAUACUGGAGGGCUCGAGCCAGAAUUAUUGGAUGCUGAUGAUGAUGAAAUUCGGAGAAGGCGUCUCAUUAAGUCUGUCGUUCGCGGCGAUCUCGCCGAUGUUCACGGAGUUCCUGCCGAGAGGAUUGAGGGACCGACUCCUGCUGUUGCUGGCGGCCUUCAGGCCGCUGUCAUUAAUCGUGACCGCCCUCGUGUCAUGGGCGUUGCUCCCCCGGGACAUCCAUCUCGUUGUGGCUGGAUUCGAGCUCCACGCGUGGAACAUCUAUAUAUACGUGUGUUCGGUGUGGAGUAUCAUCGCUGUAGCCCUGUACUAUCAGCUGCCUGAAAGCCCCAAGUUCCUGUUAUCUCACGGUCAAGAGAGCCGGGCCUUAGAGGUUUUACGGACGAUUUACACGACCAACACGGGCGAGAGUGGGGAAAAUUUUCCUAUUAGUUCAUUAACUACAAGUAGAACGCACAUAGACCAGAGCGGCAGCGUCAAGAGGCGAUUAGUAAGAGAGUUGGCUGAAGUGAAACAUCUCAUCCACGGUCCAUUACUAUGUAGACUGCUGUUGUUCGCCGUGAUAACGUUUGUCUGUCUGUCUACAUACAUGUCUCUGAGACUGUGGUACCCCCAGCUGUCCACAACCAUAGAGAAUUACCAUCGGGAGCAUGAUAAGGCAGCGGGGUUCUGCGAAAUGUUACAGUAUAGAAAACAAAAAGCUAACUUGACUUUAGGAAAUCGUACCGUUCAAAUCGAUACUUGUAUUCCGCAAUUCAGCGGCAAGGAGACUUAUUUGAACGCCAUACUAAUGGGAUUCAUAUCUCUAAUAUUCCUUGGAAUAUCAGUGCUUCUAGUGGACUAUAUUGGUCAGAAACUUCUGAUGUUUAUAUCCUUGAUAUUAAGUGCAGUGUGCUCUAUAUCCUUAUAUUGGACGAACUCGUCUAUACAAAUAGCUAUACUUUUUUCGGCGACGUGCAGUUUUCUCCAACUUACGUUAAGUCUUAAGCACAGUAUCUUCGUUCGAGUUUUUCCGACAACAUUAAGAGCACUCGCAAUAUCUAUAGACGUAAUGGUGGGUCGGGUUGGAUCACUGCUGGGCAACAUUGUGUUCCCUAUACUACUAGAAAUGGAGUGUAUGGCUCCUUUCAUAACGGUUUCUACCGCUACCUUAAGUGUUGCAGGUCUCACCUAUUUCCUCCAAAAUCCAAAACGAACAGGUGUAGAAAAAUAAACAAGACAC